AUGUCGGAUUUCAAAGACACGCUGAAUGACCAUUUUGCAUCAUGGCACUUGCUUUACAAACCUCAAGGUGCUGAUAUGCCGUCGUGGCCUGGUCUUGGUGGGCCAGGAGAAAGUCUUGGCCAUCUCGGAUCUGCGUCCAGCCUCAAAUUCCUGCGAGACCGUAUGAACGAGUGUCUGGGUGCGUGCGACAACAGUCAUUUUGCAUGCAAGCAGGCCGUGAGCAGACCAUUGCCGAAACGAGUCUUGGAUGUCCGCGACGAGAAGGUAAAACUUUGCUAUACGGCUGACCAGUCUGGAAACUACUGUGCGCUGUCUUACCGGUGGGGGCCACCCGAGGAGACUUUGCGGACCACAGAUAGUAACAUCAACGCAAUGAUGAGCGGGAUAGAGCUAUCGUCAUUGCCCGGUCUACUUCAAGACGCCGUAUCCCUGACUCGUCAGCUAAGUGUGCCAUAUCUCUGGAUUGAUGCUCUUUGUAUCAUUCAAGGAAACAAACAAGAUUGGGAGACCGAGGCACCAAAGAUGGGGGAAUAUUAUAAAAAUGCUAUCCUGACGAUAGCUGCUUCAUUGGCAAGUCAAGUCUCGGAGAACUUUCUUGUGCCAAGAGAAGAGAUCCCUCAAGAACGGUUGUCAAACUUUGCCUUCACCAACUCCGAUGGAACUACGUCGCAGAUAAUAGUGCGACGAAUUCCCGACUACGCUGGAAUCCCUUUAGUUGCAAAUGCCCCGCUCUCCUCAAGAGCGUGGACAUGGCAAGAGAAUGUCUUGUCAACGCGCAUCGCCCAUUUCUCCAAAGCUGAAAUUGUCUGGGAAUGUCGAUCACAACAAGCGUUUGAGAAUGGUGCCAAGCUUGAGUGCUCCGUCGGUCUGGCAUAUCGAUACGCAAGAGCAGGUGAUGAUCUGGAAUAUUAUUGGAAAGCCCUUGUGACAGAUUUUUCCAAGCGAGAGCUCACCUACGAAAGCGAUAGACUUCCUGCCAUCAGCAGCGUUGCUUCACAUUUUAGCACUCUCGUUCAUGGCCGGUAUCUUGCAGGCGUUUGGGAACAGUGGCUGUUCUCCGACAUGGCGUGGUGGCCAUCUUGGGGUGUUGAGAACAAACUACCACCUGUGUUCAAGAAGGGGAGUGAGAUGCCGAGUUGGUCUUGGGCAUCAAUCACAGGCCAGGUUCACUUUGCUCUCGAAACAUGCGUGAACAGCAACAAACUUUCUUCCAUCAAAUUUAUUCAUGGAGACUGCGUCUCAACUAGUGGCAAUGAUUUUAUGCAACCCAAAGAGAAUUCAUCCAUUAUUGUUGAGGCGCCAGUAUGUUUGGCCGAGAUAUCCAGUAAUGAUGUUCUUAACAUCGGUCAGUAUGAAAUCAACGAGAAGGAAGAUACUUGGGGACUGGAGAAUGUCCUUAAAAACAGGCGGAAGAAGUCUGGCACUUUCCACCCUGACACGGUUUUGCUGCCAGAUGGCCAGGUCACUACAAGUCAGGGGACAUUUACCAGCGUCCGGAGAUCACAAAAAGACGAGGUGCCUGUUUCGACUGUCCUGAAGACAACAGUCUUCUGUCUUCACUUGGGUGGGGGAAGAUAUCCCGAGUUGCCUAACCAAACAAUAUCAUCCAUAACUCGCUACAGAUAUAACCAAUUCUGGUUGGUUCUUUCGCCUGUGAAGGAGCAAAAAGAUGCGCAGUGGCCCCAUGAGUACUCCAAUAUGUUGUUUGAGUGUGAUAAUUAA